AUCGUUUAAAGAACUAGUCAUUGGGGAUGAUAGCAGAUUCCCAAUGGAGAUUCCUUCAGCAACCCAUCUUGGUGAGACUUUUGUGUUUGAGGAUGGAUUGGAGAUGCAACAAGAACUUUUCUCAGAAGAGGACUUGGGGGACCCUUUUCUUCAGGAAAGGGGUUUAGGACAAAUGGCUAUUAUCUAUAAGGAGAUCCCUCUUGGGGAACAAGAAGAAGAACCCAAUGAUUAUGAGGGCAAUUUUAGCCUGUGCACAAGCCCUGUUGAGCAUCAGACUUUGUCCCCUAUAAACAGAUCCCAGGAUGAUGAAAUAUUUGACCAAACUUUCCUUCCCAAAUCAGACCUUAGUUCAUGUCAGAUAAUUGAUGGUGGAGGAGAACCCAGUCAAGAGGAAGAUGAGAAGACAGGCAGUGUCAACUCAGGACCUCACCAGCCUCAUAGAACCACACAAGCAGCCAAGCCCUAUGGAUGUCGGGAAUGCGGAAAGGCCUUUAGCCAGAGCUCACACCUCCUCAGACACCUGGUAAUUCAUACUGGGGAAAAACCCUAUGAGUGCUGUGAGUGCGGGAAGGCCUUCAGCCAGAGCUCACACCUCCUCAGACACCAGAUUAUCCACACUGGGGAGAAGCCCUAUGAAUGCCAGGAAUGUGGAAAAGCUUUUCGCCAGAGCUCAGCCCUCACACAACACCAGAAAACCCACACUGGGAAGAGACCUUAUGAGUGCAGGGAAUGUGGGAAAGAUUUCAGUCGGAGUUCAAGUCUUCGAAAGCACGAACGAAUUCAUACGGGAGAGAAACCUUACCAGUGUAAAGAAUGUGGGAAAUCCUUUAAUCAUAGUUCCGGCCUGAGCCAGCACAGAAAAAUCCACAGCCUGAAGAAGCCUCAUGAGUGCAAUCUCUGUGGGAAAGCUUUCUGUCACAGGUCCCAUCUCAUCCGACACCAGAGGAUUCACACGGGGAAGAAACCGUACAAGUGCGAAGAGUGUGGGAAAGCCUUCAGCCAAAGCUCCAAUCUCAUUGAACAUCGGAAGACUCACACUGGGGAGAAGCCCUAUAAAUGCCACAAGUGUGGGAAAGCCUUCAGCCAGAGCUCCUCCCUCAUUGAGCACCAGCGGAUCCACACUGGGGAAAAACCCUAUGAGUGCAGCCAGUGUGGGAAGGCCUUCUGCCAGAGCUCUGCCCUGAUUCAGCACCAGCGAAUCCACACGGGCAAGAAACCCUACUCCUGUAACGAGUGUGGCAAGGCCUUCCGUCACAGAUCGGCCCUCAUCGAACACUAUAAAACCCACACCAGAGAGAAACCUUACGAGUGUAAUAAGUGUGGCAAGUCCUUCCGGGGAAGCUCACACCUUAUUCGACAUCAGAAAAUUCAUGCUGGGGAAGAGCCUGAAAGACUGUCCCAGAAAGCACCUUUGCCAGACUGCUUGGGUCUAAGUCCUGUGACUCACUUUCCUGACACAGAGCUAAAGGGGAAAGAGCCAAGCUAAGAGUUCUCCAACAACACCCAUAGUAGCAUCAAGGCUCUGUGUAGCCCUGGCCAGCUGUUUCCACCCAGCACAGGGUGGGGUGAGGCAGGAGGAGCAGCAGCGAGAAAGCUUCAG